UUCAAGGUUACCCGGCUUUGUAUAUUUAUAAAUUAUGGUGUAGCAGACUAAUGCUUUAAAGUCACUUUUAAAAACUUAUUGUUAUAAAUCUAAUUUGUAUAAUUUGUGUUUGUAAUUAAUCUAGAUCGAUUACAUGAAAAUCUAGGUCGAUUACAUGAAUGGUUAAAUUACAUUUAUAAUUGGAUAUAUUCCGAUUAAACAAUAGAGUAGAAGAAGAGAUGUGCAAAACAGGGAUACCAGCACACGACAAACUUCCAGUGUACAGUUGGGCAGACAUUCGGAAACACGCUACGAAAUUGGACAGAUGGAUUGUCAUUGAUGGCUACGUUUAUGAUGUAACUUGUUGGUCGAAAAAACACCCUGGUGGUGAGCGUUUAAUUGCCAACCAAGCUGGCCAAGAUUCUACGGAUGCUUGGAUUGCCUUUCACAACGAUAAAAAAGCAGUCAGCAAGUAUCUGGCACCUCUUCGAAUUGGUCGAGUCAGAGAAGAUGAAAACAAAGAGAGUGAGCUUAUUAAAGACUUCAGGGAAUUGCGUCGCACAGUGGAAGACAUGGGCUUGUUUAAAGCCAGUGUCCCUUUCUUUACAUUCAUUAUGUUUCACAUUAUUGCCCUUGAGCUGAUUGGGUGGCUGUUUGUCUACUACUUUGGAACAUCCUGGCUUGCUCUCCUAAUAGCCUCAUUGUUUCUACUCUCUGCACAGGCUCAAGCUGGAUGGGCUCAGCAUGACUAUGGGCAUCUCUCUGUAUUUAAUUCUUCAAAAAUAAACCAUUGCAUUCAUAUAUUUCUGCUCAACUUUUUUAAGGGCGCAUCAUCAUCUUGGUGGAAUUAUAGACAUUAUUUACACCAUGCUAAGCCCAACACUAUUUAUAAAGAUCCAGAUAUACGAUUGGAUAAGCUUUUUUUGUUGGGGAAAACUUUACCAGUUGAGUGGGGCAAGAAGAAAAAAGGAUUUAUGCCAUAUCAACAGCAACACAAGUACUGGUUUCUCAUUAUGCCUCCUUUACUGCUACCUCUGUAUUUUAACUAUGAAGUUCCUUACUUUUUGUGGUCAAGAAAGCUGUAUGGAGAAAUGUUCUGGAUGGCAACAUUUUUCCUUCGCUAUAUAGUGAUGUUUUAUCCUUUUCUGGGAGUUAGUGGUGCGCUACUUCUUUACUUAUGGGUCAGGUUUCUUGAGAGCCAUUGGUUUGUUUGGACCACUCAGAUGAGCCACAUUCCCAUGGAUGUCAGCUAUGACCAGGAUGAUGACUGGGUAACAGCACAGUUGAAGGCCACUUGCAAUGUUGACCAGUCUCUAUUUAAUGACUGGUUCUCAGGGCAUCUGAACUUUCAGAUUGAACAUCAUCUUUUCCCAACAAUGCCUAGAAAUAAUCUUCAUAAAACUUCAGCCCUUGUAAAAUCUCUAUGCGCAAAGCAUGGAUUAAAUUACCAGUCCAAGUCUUUAUUUAGGGCGAUGUCUGAUGUCGUCAGUUGUCUAAAAGAAUCCGGCAAGAUGUGGUUUGAAGCUUACCAUAUGUGAAAGCUACAACAAAACCAUUGCCAGCGUUGGCCAAAGUGUUGGACUUUGAAGUUGUCUCAUUAGUCAUGUUGAAAUGGUAGUUGCAUGAACAGUUUUGUCAUCUGGUCUAACGACAUUGAAACUUGUUUGGGUUUUUCAUUCAUAAUGAGGUUAAUCUUGGUGUUGAAUAUUUUUUUUAUAAUGUGAAAAACUUUUUUUUUAAUGUGUGCACCCUUAAUUUGUUAUGUAUUUCACAAUUAAACUCAUGAAAAUGCACAUUAAACUUAGUGUUCAAUAUAGAAGAAAUGCUUGUAUUCAUUUUAAAAAAAGGUAGUUAAAAGCUUGAAUAUUCAUUAGAAAGAUGAAACAUCUACUAAGAAUAUAUUACCUUAUAGCUGCUAUGAAAUGAUAAGAUAGGAUCAUCUAUAUAAUAGGAAUAAUUCCAAACAUAGUAAAAGUGUAACAUAUCCAGAAUGUAAGUAUGUCUAAACAGGCCCCUUUUUUUUUUCCGUUUUUUUUUUUUUUUUUUUAAAUAUGUUUGACAUGAAUCAUUGUAAAUUCCAUAUUUUUAAUUUAUUACGGUAUUCAACAAAAUGAUCUAAAAGGAGAUUUUGUACAGAAUAUGAGGAACAGGCUAUGUGACUAUGUAACAAACAGGCUUUAAGUGCUGUGCGAAUCUUAAGUAUCUUUCAGGUAAAAACUCUCUCUAGUGCCAUUUUGAUUUGAAUUGUCUGCUGUUUCACACUAGAUUUUAAGUACUGUAUAGGCCUAUAUAUGUUGGAUUUUGUGUUCAAAGGAAGCACUCUCUUCAUAUAGUGAAUGUUUUCCAUUGUACACCACAGAAUACAAAUUAUAAUACUGUCCAGUGUAUUCUAUUUUCUUGCUUUAUGAAGGGAUGUAAUUAAUUUGAUAAUGUUACAUAAUUAAUAAAAGCUUUAUAUGCACUAAAAACAAAGGGGCACUUGUUUAAGAUUUUUUACGUUGCGGAUUUUCAGAGUUAAUGAUGAUCUACUUCCUAGUCCAAACAUCCCCACAGGACAGUGUGGGAUGGCAGCAGACUGGGUAUGAACCUAGGACCAUCAAAAACACUGAAUGACAGUGCGCAGAGCGCAUAAACUGCGUGAUCAGGCUGCCAUCCCCCAUUGUUAAUUAUCUUGGUAUUAAACUAACAUACAAGUCAAGAUGCAUUUAUUGUAUUAGUAAACUACAAAAUAUUUAACAAUUUGAAAAAGAAAUGAACAGCUUCAUUAUUUUACUAGCAUUGUAUUGCAGUGACCUAGUGUUAUUUUAUAUUCCAUGUUGUUUACAUGGAGAGUACAAAAGAAUUACUAAAUUUGUAACAGAUUCUAUUGUUUAUUGAUAUUGUGUUUUUUUUUUAUUAUUACCAAUGGCAUUUUUUUAAUUGCAAGUCAUGAACUCUUUUGUUAGUGUUCAGCAUUUCCACUGAGAUUAUCAAGAGCUGUAAUUAUGUUGUUUUUUUUCUUAGGAUUUGUGACAGUUUUAUGUCAUUAAUUCAAUCCAAUUAUUUGGUCUUUAUAGAUAGCAAAGAUUAUAGAUAGCAGAUAUUUUGUUUAUGCUGUUCAUUGACUUACAGGGUAAUCAGAUUGAAACAAUGUAAAUGUACUUAAGGAUGAAGGGGCUAAGAUAGCCAGUUGUACAACUAUACUAUAGUAAGAUCAAUUAAAGGACACAUUUGAUUGGGCAGAAAACAUGUAAUUGAGCAGAUACCAAGAAUGUUCUAAAUCAUUAGUAAACAAGAAACAAGUUGAACUUUAUGCACCCUUACAUGCAAAGUCUAUACCUAGACAUAGUACUAGAUCAACCAGCAAGCAAUGAAAGGAUUAGAUUGUUGUUGGAAGACAUACGAUUUUGAUAUUUUAAAACUUGUUUAGUAAGAUAACAUUCGCCAAGCAAAAAUUCCUUGCGUAGAAUCAUUUUAUAUUUCCUUUCACCUUUUAGUAACUUUAGUCUAGCUUACCAUACUACACAUGGACAUAGGCUGCACUAGCUUAGCCAUAAGGAAAUGAUCAUAAUGUUCUAGUUGCUUACAGCUAGCUAAUUAGAUCUAUAUAGUGCAAUGAUAAUUGUGAGAAAUGUUCAAGUCUGGUGUAAAGCCUUUGAGAAAUAUAUUUAUAUAUCAGCACAAAAAGUUGUUCCUGUGCUAUGAGACUUGAUUCUCUUGUAGUAAAUGUUUAAAAAUAAACUUGCGUUGACAGCCUCCAUGACCCACUUAGCCUUGUGACUUCUUUUUCUUUUAAUUGUUCAAAAUAAUCAUGUUAGAUAUCAAAUAUCUUGAAACAUUAUUUAUGUUUUAAAAACAUUUUGAUGUGCUAGAAUAUUAGUUCAUGAUCUUCUAUUUUCUAUUCAACUUAACCUUUUGUUCUGACCAGAUACUAGUUAUGGGUGUACUUCUGAAGGCCCUAUUUGUUCUUUUAAGAUUUGUCAGCUAUUGAAGAAUGGAUGGAUAUUUAAAGCUGUUUUUUUUUUUUUCACAUAGCCAGAAACUUGCUAGGGCUUUUUUAUUACCAUUUUAUUCUAAAAAAUAAAUAAAUAACAGAUUUUUUAAUUAGUUUUAGAAGUUUCUGCAAUCCAAAUGUUUCUAUCAUGGGAGAUCCUGUUGCUUUUUUUUUUCUUUUUUGAAUCCUGAUUACAGAAAUAAAAAAAAAUUACAAGUU